GCAAUAGCUGGCCGAUCGUUACUUAGGUGGCAGGGAAGGGCGAUCGAGAAGCAAGGGCUGAUCGAUUGAAGUUGCCUGGCUCCUUGCGUGCUCUGUGCGCUGCGGGCUCUUGGCGCCUGCGUAGUGCGCCCCGCUCCCUUUCUGCCUCCUCUGCCGCCAUGGCGCCUGUGAAAAAGCUUGUGGCGAAGGGGGGCAAAAAAAAGAAGCAGGUUUUGAAGUUCACCCUGGACUGCACUCACCCUGUAGAAGAUGGAAUCAUGGAUGCUGCCAAUUUUGAGCAGUUCCUCCAGGAGAGAAUCAAGGUGAAUGGGAAAGCUGGCAAUCUCGGCGGAGGAGUUGUGACCAUCGAACGGAGCAAGAGCAAGAUCACGGUCACUUCGGAGGUGCCUUUCUCCAAAAGGUAUUUGAAAUAUCUCACCAAAAAAUAUUUGAAGAAGAACAACCUCCGAGACUGGCUGCGUGUUGUCGCCAACAGCAAAGAGAGUUACGAGCUGCGCUACUUCCAGAUUAACCAGGAUGAAGAGGAGGAGGAGGACGAGGAUUAAGACACAUUGGUCUGCAAUGUUUUGUAUUAAUUCAUAAAUAAAAUUUAGGAACAAAACCCGGUGGUUUAUCCUUGCAUCUCUGCAGUGUGGAUUGGACAGGAAGUUGGAAAUGACAGGGACUGGGCUUUAACUGGGUUGCUGCUUCUUUGUAUAUAGACACUUUUUUCCUGCUCCCCAGUAGCAAAGGCCAAACAGAAGAACCAGGUUGGGGGCUGCAUCUGACAGAGCAAGUAGAUGGAGGCCAGGUGGUGAGCUCCAGCCAGCCCAAGUCUUAGAGCUGGUGGUUGGUUUUAUCUGGUGCCUGUCCUCAAGCGAGGAGGGCUUGAGGCACAGUGUGGUGGUCCUCAGAAGCAGACAGGUGAUUUUUUUUGUAUGUGAUUUUUCUUUUCCCCUGGGACAAUGACAGCCAGUAAGACUGUUUCAGGGACUUUUGUGUCCAGGUCUGAACACUAGUCGCUCACAGUUGUGUGUACUAACCUUCCUUCCUAUUGAAAUAGCAGGGGUCUUUGAGUCUCACUGCUGCAUGUUCUGCCUCUGUAGGGGUCUGUAAGUAUGCUGGGCAUCUGGGCUUUUAGGGGGCUCUCUAUAGGGUGUCUGAGCCAGAGGUCAACAAGGGCUUAUAGACAACUCAAACAAAGCCCAUGGCUUGAGCAAGUCUGCAGCAAGCUGUUAGUCUAACCUCCAGCAGAGGGUGAGGCAGACAGCUUCCAGAUGUUCCCAGUAGGGGGAGCCCCUCCAAGCCCAGGGCUCAGGAGGCUUACAGGGUAGGAACUCCAAUACUGGUGAAGGGAGGAGGGCGUUUGGUGGGAAGAUAGGGAAGUUGCUGCUUCCUAAACUGUCACAACUGGACUUUGAUAGGAGUCAUAGUCUGGGACCACAGCCCAGUGGUAGAAUGCUAGCCUGGUGUGCUCCAGGUUUAAUCUCCAUCACUGCAGAAAUGAGUCAAAGCUGUGUGUACCUCCAGGGCCCUGGGCAUGGAAGGCCCUGUGGGGUUCCCUUGCCAUUGUGUGUGCCUGGAGAACCGGCAGGCAGGAAAUGUCUUUAUCAAGGGUUACCUUGGAAGAUGUCCCAACACUGUAGGGUGCUCUUGUUGUCAAAACCUGUGCAGAGGCAUCUGCUUGCUCUCUAAUAACAGUAUGCAAUGCUAAAGGGCUCACAUACAGCCGGUGGCCACACUGGAGGCCUGGACAUCCGGUGCCCACGAGUUCUGCUGCUGCUGUUUCCUCCAAGGAAACACUUGGUCCUCCGAUCGAGUUUAACCUUUUGAGGCUUUGCAAUCCCCCUGUGGCAAAGGCUCCAGUGUUUUCUAUUUCUAUGCAAACUUCUUGAAGCAGAACUGUUGCUGUCUUUCUCCUCUGCCCUCCGAGGAGGAGGCGGUGGCAUUUCCUUCCAACUUCAGGUGCAGCCCCUCAUGGCUAGCGGUCUUAAGUUUGUGACUUGGGUUUGCAGAUUAUUUGUUACAUCGCCGGACCAUGUGGUGGUCCUUAGCUGUAAACAACAUUAACCCUGGGUUGAUUUAGCCUAUGCUUCUAAAAAAUGGUCCCAGAUUCUGCAACUUGUAAUAAAAUGGAAACUUGCUGGUUUUUAUGCCUUUCUAACUCUUGUAUUUGAAUGAAUGUUGAUCACUUUUUGUAUUAAAGUGGCUGACACAUG